AUGACGGAACCACAGAACAAGGCCAGCCUCGAGGUCGCGCGAGACACUGCCUUUGUGGCUGACGAUGCUGGUCGGGACACACUAGCCAGCAUCGCCAACAAUGCCGCCACUCCAGCUCCAGAAACCUGUGAAGAGGAUGGAAAGCAGGAACCCGUCGUCAGCAGCGCGGCUGGCAAGAAGCCCCAUCGCUCUAUGUGGUUGGCUUGGCUGCAUCUCUUUGACUGGUAUCCCAAGCACUAUCCCAAAGAGGAGAGACGGUUGCUCUUCAAGCUCGACUGUGUCAUCAUGCCGGUCGUCUGCUUGGCUUACUUUAUCAAGUGGCUCGACCAGGUCAACAUCAACAAUGCCUACAACUCAGGCAUGAAGGAAGAGCUCGGGCUCGAGGGCAACCAGUACUCUCUCUUUGGCACAUUCUACAAUAUUGGGUACAUGCUUUUCGAGAUCCCCAGCAUGAUGAUCAUCUCCCGCCCCAAGCUGGCCCGCUUCUUCAUGCCCACCAUGGAGGUCUGCUGGUCCGUCCUGACCUUUGCCCAGUCCCGCAUCCGCAACGAGCGCGAUAUUUACGGCAUGCGCUUCCUGCUGGGCGUGCUCGAGACCCCCGUGUCCUCGGGCUCCAUGUACAUCCUGUCCUCGUGGUACCGCGGUGAUGAGCUCUUCAAGCGCGCUGGCGUCUGGUUUGUCUCCAGCAACCUCGGCUCCUUUAUGGGUGGCCACCUCCAGGCCGCUGCACACGCCGGCCUCGACGGUGCCUUGGGCUUGUCUGGAUGGCGGUGGCUGUUUAUCAUUGACGGCUGCAUCAGCCUUCCCAUCGCCUUUGCUAGCUUCCUCUUGUUCCCAGGCAUCCCAUCUGGCAACAAGCCCUGGUGGCUCACGACAGAGCAGCACGAGCUGGCGAAGAGGCGCAUGUACGAUGAGGGCGUCCGCCCGAGCCGCAAGAUUGGCAAGCGCAUGCUCAAGCGCGUCUUCACCCACUGGCACUUUUACGUGGCGGUCUUGACCUACAUUUUCUUCCAGUGCAGUUCCUAUGUCUCUGGUCAGAUGAUCCUCUGGCUCAAGGACCAGGCGGAUCGGUACGGCACCUGGAGCGUUGAGGAGAUCAACAUGAUCCCCACGGGAGUCCAGUGCAUCUCCAUUGUCUUUGGCAUCCUCGCCACGUCGCUGGUCAUGGUCUACCCUUUCUGGGCCGUCAUGAGCGUCGUGGCCGGCGUCCUGUUCUUUGCCAACGCCUGCUUGCUCGUCUGGGACAUUCCCACCGGCCUCAAGUUCACGGCAUAUUACAUGCUAGGUUUCAACUCGUGUGUCACGCCCAUACUCUUCCCAUGGGUCAACAUGGUCAUGAAGGACGACAAUGAGGCGAGAGCAUUCACCACCGGCGCCAUGAUGACCUUUGGCUGGGUAUUCUUUAGUUUCUGGCCUAUUACCGUAUUCCCAGUCCUGGAAGCACCCAGGUGGCGCAAGGGCUAUAUCAUCAACACAGUCUGGGUGUUUAUCUGGUGGUCGCUCUUCAUGGUCGGUCAGUUCUUCUGGCACCGCGACCUCAAGGCCAACAAGUACGACAUCAAGUUGGAAGAGCAGCUAGAGGCGAAAAAGGCGCCCUUGGAGACGGGGCCCGGCAGCUCAGAGCACAUCGAGGCGGGCGACGAAAAAUGUCCCCGUCUUGAGGUGCGUUGA